UACUACUACGAAAUUAAGAGCAUCAGUUAAAAAAAAAUCUCCUAAACUUGCUCUCCUCUUUUAAAUUUCUGCGUGCAGUACCGUUUUUGAAUAUGCCAUUUGCGUCAUUCGCUCGCCUGACUUCCGUAGAGCAGAGCGGUUUGUUGCCGAUAGAAUGAAUGCGGGUAUAGGAAGGACCAUUUUAAAGCAUUGAGUGAAUUGAAUACUAUAGAAGCAGGAAUCACCGAAAUUGUCCCAAAAUGCCAAAACCAAUUUCUGCAAAGCCAAAAAAAACAUCUAAAAGAAAAAGUAGUACACCCAUAAGGAGAGUUGCAGAAGAAGACACGGUGUUGGUGGAUUUACCCUUUGAAGACUUUCAAAGGAAAAAAGGAAUUAUAGCAAAAAGACGGCUGCCUCUGUAUGUGGAAGAGCUGGAGGAGUCUUCGGAAAGUAGACAGACUAGUUCCCAACAUCGUGUUGGACAAAAAGUCAAUCCAGAUAAGCAAGAACAUGUUGGGAAACAGAGAUUCAGGCCAGGCAAGAAGGCCUUAAUGGAAAUCAGGAAAUAUCAGGAAUCAACUGACCUCUUGCUUCGUAAACUGCCUUUCUCUAGGCUUGUGCGUGAGGUAUGCCAGAAGUACAAGCGAGACUGCUACUGGCAGGCAAAUGCCCUGCUGGCACUGCAAGAGGCUGCAGAAGCAUACAUGGUACACCUCUUUGAGGAUGCCUAUCAUUGUAGUAGGCAUGCCAGAAGGAUUACCCUGUACCCAAAGGACAUGCAGCUUGCCCGAAGGAUUCGGGGUAGAGAAUGAACACUUGGGCUUAACCACUGUGCUAUUGAAAUGUUCAUGCCUGUAGUUUUAGAUCCGCAGUGUCACAACAGCGGUUUGAAUAGUAUUUUGUAGUUGUAUAUAUUGUCUUUGUUUAAAAUGUUGUUAUUCCUCCGUUUUGAAGGAGAGAUCUCAUAGUUUGCAUGCUGAUUACUGAAGAAUUUUAAAUCCUGAAAAAAAUACCCAGUGCAGGUGGCACUGUUUAGUAUAAGACAGUGAAAGUGCACAUUACUUUCUCAGUGCACCUUAGCUUCUGAUAUGCUGCAUGAUUUUUUUUUUGUUUUGGAUUAAUAAAUAUCAGUAGAUUUUAAUGGCUAUCAAAAAAUUAGAAACUGUAUUUCUACCUGGCUACAGUCACUAACUGCAGAAUUCAUAUGGUAUAUAGCUAGAAAAAUGUAGCUUGUUCAUUUAACUUGAAAAAUAUUGUGUUUAUUUUAUUAUCAGCAAAUAUUAUAGGACACUUGCUAUAUAUAUAUAUAUAUAUAUAUAUAUAUAUAUAUAUAUAUAUAUAUAUAUAUAUAUACAUGUGUGUUUAUAUAUAGCUUGAGUCAUGCUUUGUGCUUUACUAUACUUGACUAAUUAUUGUAUGAUUUGCCAUUGGAACAUGGUAAUAAUUUUUAUAUGGUCUAAACUGUUAUUAAAAAAAUGAUUGGUA